GCCAGUUGCGGCCGUGCGCGUCGAGCCGAGGCGGCGCUGUGCGGGAGGAACUCCUCGUCGCGGCUCCGCAUGCACGUGCGUGUGUGUGAGUGUGAGUCAGUGAGUGUGUGUUUGCGUGCAUGUGUGUUUGUUUCCAGCGCUCGCCAGGCUCGCUGCGCUCCGAGGCUUCCUGCUGCAUCCACCCGCCUCAAACCCGCGACCCCCGGCCUGUCACCGCUCCGUCCCGCCGGUUUUGACCAGAGACGGAGCGCCCCCCCCCCAUCAGGACCCACGGGCAGCUCCCGGCACGCCCCCCCCUCCCCCUCCCCUCCUCCCCUCCCCGAACCCAUGACCGCCUGAGGGACCCGGCCCCGCCGCGGCCCAUGCUCUGGACCCGUUCCACUCCCCGUCCUCGUCAUCCCUCAAGCUGACGCAGAACCCCAGACACCUGCCCCCCCCCCCCCCCCCCGUCCCCCACCCCCACCCCCACCCCGUCCCCGGCGACUCGCCGCCGCCCGCCAUGGUGUCCGGCACGGAGACGGUGCACUACAUCCACCUGCACAACUCCAGCCAGUCGGUGCUGGAGGCGCUGCGCACGCAGCGGCGCGAGGGCCUGUUCUGCGACGUGACGGUUCGGAUCCACGACGCCUCGCUGCGCGCCCACGCCUGCGUGCUGGCGGCCGGCAGCCCCUUCUUCCAGGACAAGCUGCUGCUGGGCCACUCGGAGAUCUCGGUGCCGCCGCUGGUGCCGGCGGAGACGGUGAAGCAGCUGGUGGACUUCAUGUACAGCGGCUCGCUGGUGGUGCUGCAGUCGCAGGCGCUCUGCAUCCUGACGGCCGCCAGCAUCCUGCAGAUCAAGACCGUCAUCGACGAGUGCACCCAGAUCAUCUCGCAGAGGAAGGCGGCCGCCAGUGCGGCGGCGGCGGCGGCGGCCGCCGGGGGCGGGAUGCUGGGGGGAGUCCUGCCCAAACAGGAGGAGCGCGGCGGGGGCAAAGGGAGGGAGAGCGGCGGCGGCGCCAGCUGCUCCGUGGGCGCCGCCGCCGCCGCCGCUGGGGGCUACGCCAACUUCUCUAACUUCAUGGCCGAGUGCGGCGCCAGCAACAUGGCGGCGGGGCUGGGCGGCGGCGGCGUUGGCGAGGGCGGCCCGGGCCCCAUGGACCAGGCCAACACCGUGAGCCUGAUGGCCCUGGGUGACAUGGGCCAAGGCGCCAUGUGCGGCGGCGGCGGCGGCGACGGCAUGGGGGGCGGGCCCGGCGCCAUCCUCAUGAAGCAGAGCUCCAGCUGCACUCAGGACGUCCGCUACAAGCUGAGGGACCUGCUGGCGCAGACGGCCAAUGGCGGCGGCGGCGGCGGCGCCGGGAACCUGUCGGCCGGCUGCGGCUGCGGCUCCGGCGUGGACGGCAUCGCCAGGGACGCUCUCCGCGGCAACGGCGCCGACCUCUCCGACGACCUGGUGGCCAUGGAGCGCUUCAGCGAGGAGGACGAGCUGGACGGCCGGGACCGGGGACGAGACGGAGACCGAGACCGGGGGGCGAGCCACAGCCGCAAGCAGAGGCAGCCGCUCCGGCUCCAGGUGCUGGGCGGAGACGGGGUGGUGGUGAAGGACGAGGGGGUGCAGGACGCCGACGGGACGGUGUACCUGCAGGACGGGAGGCGGGACCAGGACCAGGACGGCUCCCAGGAGUCCAUGGCGGGCUUCGGCCAGGACUUCUACGACGAGCAGGCGGUGUUCUCAGAGAGCUUCUGGCCCCAGAGCGAGCCCCAGCAGGCCAUGACCUUCAACCCCAGAGGCAGGGUCAGCAAGCCCCUGACCCCGCCCCCAACCUCGCAGGCCAUCAGCAACCAGCUCUUGUUCCAGUACCCAGUGAGCCAGUCGCAGCCAGCGCCGUUCUACGUGGGCGGGCCCAUGGGCGGCAUGGACAGCAUGGCAGGCGCGGAGCCCGGUCAGCAGGCCCCGCCCCCGGCGCCCAUGACCCCGGCCCCGCCCCCAUCCAGCUCCUCCUGCUCUGCUGGGCCGUCGCCCUCGUCCCAGGGAUCCGAGACCUCGUUCGACUGCACCCACUGUGGCAAAUCUCUACGUUCCAGGAAGAACUACAGCAAGCACAUGUUCAUCCACUCCGGUCAGAAACCUCACCAGUGCUCCAUCUGCUGGCGCUCCUUCUCGCUGCGCGACUACCUCCUGAAGCACAUGGUGGUGCACACCGGCGUGCGCGCCUUCCAGUGCACCAUGUGCGGCAAGCGCUUCACCCAGAAGAGCUCGCUCAACGUGCACAUGCGCACCCACCGCGCCGAGCGCACCUUCCAGUGCAACGUGUGCCACCGGGCCUUCACCCACCGCACCCUGCUGGAGCGCCACGCCCUGCAGCACGCCCACCACGCCCCCCAGACCCCCGGCCCCGGCCCGGGCCGCGGGGCCGACAUGACCUCCCCCGCCAAGCACAGCCCUCCAGCCAUGGGGGGGCCCUCAGGUAUGGCCGGCGCGGCCGGCAUGGUGGGCGGCAUGGCCAACAUGCCCGGCCACGGCGCUUCCUCCACCUAGAUAGAGGCGGGGCGGGGGUGGGGGGGGGGCAGCCCAUUCCUCCUGCCAACACUUAUUUGGUCCCAUCAGCCUUUUCGGUCCGUUUUCGGGGCGGGGCGGCGCUCACGGGUUCCCACUGUUCCAGCGCCGCCUCCAGUCAGGGUUCCUACACGGCUCAAGGCCUUUUCAGUCUGAAGCUAAAAAACUCUCAGUGAGUCGAUGUGCUUUUCUCAUGUUUGGAAAUUGCACAAAAAAUCUUGGGAAACUUUAAAAAGAAAGAGGGAGGCUCCUUUUUGUAGAAACCCAUCCUCAGUAGCUGUAGCUCUUCUGCCAUUCGCCGUGUUGUGAUAUUUGUUACUGUGACGACUGAUCAGUCAUAAGCUACCGAGCAGCAUCGCUAACAGCCACACCUCGUCCAGCAGCAUCCAGAAACAUCCAGACAGUCUCACACAUUGUGUAGGAACCCUGUUUCAAAGAGACCAGAGUCACCAAAGAGGUUUGGAGAGGGAGGGGGGGCACCUUUCUGGGUGGAGGCAGUAUGGGGGGGGGGCUACAAGGGAGAAAGUAGUCAUGCAGUGAUGGGGGGAGGGAGGUGGGGUGAUUCACCGUCAGUUCACUUGAUCAAGUUCAGAUCCUUUAAUUCCUCAAAUACAAGGACAUAUCAGGACCUGCUGCAGGACAGACAUGUCCUCCGGACUGUCCUGCAGUCGUCAGCCACGAGGCGGAGCUACAGAGCCGUCAGUCCAAACGGGACUCAGACACUGACUGAUGCGAAGCACUCUACAUUACUGUACGUUCAAUACCUCAGCGACCAGCGGAGCGGCCGCUUCCGGUCUGCAGGAGCGGCUGCUGUACCGCUGCCAGCAGCCAGGGGGCGCCAUCCCCGCUCGCCGUUCACUCCCCGAGGCAGACCGAGGGCUGCCGUCACCCCGCCUCCAUGCUACCUCUCUUCCACGGUCAAAGGAAAGACGUUUACACCGCGUUUCCACUGGAAACUCGUCGCUGAUGCACUUUGGUUUCAAACCGCUUUGGUUCGCUCGGAAACGGACUGGAUGUAGUGAGCCGGCCGGGCCAGGAGGGGGCGCCGAAGUCCGGCGCCGCCCCGUGCACCGCCGUCCACAACCCAGGACUGUUACCACGGUGACCGGCAACUCUAAAGGUUCCUGGACCAGGACGACCUGAGUUCUGUUCUGGGUUUGGAUUGGAUCCGUGGUGGAAAAUUGCGUCAAACAUGGCUGCUAGCAUCAUAUAGCAUUAGCCCCACUGUGUUUUCACUGGAUCCCAGUGGAUCCGGAGCUCCACACCGGAGGUGUACCCCCACCAGGUAAAUACGGGUUGUGGAGUGGAAGGCGGAGGUUCUGUUUUGCGGACCGCCGUCCGGUCGUCCGAUGGGUCCAUUCCCUGGCGCGGUGGCUGCUGUA